AAUUCCGUUUUGUUUUUUUGCCAAAAUUUGAAAUCAACAUGGCGACAACUCACGCGUUGACCGUUGUCAAGAACAAUUGUUAUAAAGCACCACGGCUCUCAAGAACAGACUUACCUGCCAGUACGAAAGAAUUUAAACAACAAGACACAUUUUCCCAAAGUUCUGAAGCUAACGAAGAGAGUUUGGGUGAAUCAAAACGUACAAAAACUCGUACAUCAACAGACCGUCGGCAUAUAAACAAACGACGAAAUAAGUUUAUACAGAGCUAUGAGAAAGAAGAUGGCGUUAGCAAAGAACAGUUUUAUGAGAAUUUAAUACAAUUACGAGAGGAACAUAAAAAGACUCUAAAGUUACUGGAGACAAGAUAUUAUAAUGAGUUGAAAAAACAAACUAGUUUUCAAUGGGAGGGUUUUGAUCAAGGUGUUGGAUUACAAGAAUAUAGCGGUAUGAAUGGGUCUAUGAAUGGCAUGGAAACACAUAAUCAGGAGCAGUCGCAUGGAUGUAAGGGCAUCAAUCAGACUCGCCCAAAGUCACCUGUGCAAGAUGUUGUAAAAGAUCUGUCGCAUUUAACACAUGCUUCGACAGGUAUGGAAUGAAAUUUGGGGACGUUAUAAUUUACUGUACAUGAGUAUUGCCAUCAUGUUUUUGAUGGGGUAUAUUUUCAAUGAUUGACCAAUGACCAGGUACAGUAAAUCGUCAGGUCAUUCCAUAUUUAAUGUUUCAAGACAACUUCAGCAGUAUUGUAUGGUGCUUCCCUGCCCUUCCCAAAUUGUCCCUUUAUUGCAAUAUUUCUAUAUAGAUUAGCAGAGUAUAUCACUCCCUGGAAUCUUCACAACCUCCCCCCCCCCCUGCCCUGAUGUGGGUCAGCCAUGUAUGGACCAGCACUUUCAAAAAUUUCUCAAAUUGGUUUGUCUAGCAGGUGUAGUGAUGCACAUGCCCCUCCCCUGCCCCCAACUCCCUUAAAAUAUCAAAAAGGUUAAUAUAUAAUUGUACAUAAUCUAAACUUCCAGACACUGUCAUCUUGGCUAUAUAAUAUACACUCUCUUUUUCACAUAUGAGCCAAGGUGUAUCAAUCACAAAAAUUGGCUCCAAAGUAGCCAAGGUGGCGUGCUUUCUCCCAGCAUGUAUUACACUUUAUUUUAUGAAAGUGUUGACUUUAGAAGGACAAGAAGAUGGGUCCAGUGAAUGUUCAGAUGAAAGUGAAGUUGACACAGAUGAAAAAGAAGCUACAAGCACACCAGAAGAGUUUUCUAGUUCAUUAUUUCCCAAGAGAUCAGCAGCCAUUGAUAUGGUUGAACAUUUAUGGAAAGAUUUCUCAGUUCAGGAUUACACAACAGUGGACAGUGAGACACUUGAGGCUGAACAAAUUUUGCACAAGAUGCCAAAAGAAAAGGUACAGCAAAGAGGGAAGGGGAAACAAAUGGGAAGAUAGGAAGGGAUUGAAGGAGAAAGGGAGGGAUGGAGAAAGCAAGGGGGGGUGGUGAUGGAGGGAGGGGGAGGGGAAGUGAAAGAAAGAUGGAUGAAUUGGUUGAUUGAAGAAAGGAAGAAAGAGAAGGAAUCAGGAGAUAAAGGUGGGAGGAGGGACUGAGGGCAGAACAAUGAAAUGAAUAAAUGAGUGAAUAAAUUGGUGGUUGGUUGAAGAAAUGAAGGGAAGAAGGGAAGGGAAGUAGAGGGGGAGGAAGUGAUUAGGGGAUUAAGGAGGGAGGAGGGGCAGAGAAAGAAAGAUGGAUGGAUUGGUGAAUGAGUGAAUCGAUUGAUUGAUUUGUUAAAGAAUGGAAGGAAUGAAGGAAGGGAGGAAAAGAAGGGAUUAGGAGACAAUGAAAGAAUAGAUGGUUGGGUUGAUUGAGGGAUGGAAAGAAGAAAGGAAGGAGGGUGAGAACUCUUUAUUUUUUUGGCUGGUGGGUUUAUAUUUAUGAUUGAGAAAAUAAACUUGUGAAACGUUAUAAUUUUUAGAUUUGUAAAGUAUGUAAGGUAUUAGCAUGCAUUAGGACCGCCACAAACACUUCACAUGCUCAGUAUAUUUGUUAUUUUUGCUACCCUAGGAAUGGACUCCAACAAUCACGGUGCCCAAGCCAUUCACAAUGACCUUGAGAGAAGCGACGAAGGAAAAACGGAAGACGCGAUCCAUGCAGAUGCUUGAAGAAGAUCUUGUUGUAAAGAAAUCCAUGGAGGAAGCCGAAUUCAAAAAGAAAUUCCGAGCUCAACCCGUUCCCGCUGCCACCUUCCUGCCUCUGUACGAUGACAUUGUCGACAAGAAUAAACGGAGAAGCGAGCACGUACGCGAGAUUAACAAAGCCAUCUUGAAAGCGACAGAAAAACCAUUCAGUUUCGUUAAACGUGAAGAGAUGAAGAAACAUCAAAAGGAUGAGGAAAUGAGGAAAAUUAUGAAACAGAAAGAAAAAGAAGAGACUAACCGUUCCUCGUUUAAAGCGAGACCACCGCCGAGACACAACGACGAUCUUAGUCUUGCUGACAGACUGACGGAACAAGAUGAAUAUCGUAAGAUACGCAAGAAACUUCGUGCUGCCGAGCUCCUGGCGAAGUCGCGGCUGCCUCCGAGAAUGGAAGCACGCUCGAACGUCACACCUGCGGCAAAAUCGCGGCAAAAGUGUCGCAAAUCUCGCGCACGCAAACCGCAGUUUCGACCCAAUAUUAACACUGAAGUGCCCGACUUUGAUGCGUUGCAUUGGGAAUUUGAGAAAGAGCUGAGGAAAAGGAAGAAAGAGCGACAACCGACUGUAGUCGAACCGUUUAAUUUGAAGACUGCGCAUAUCCCGCGUGCCAAGAGCAGUCUGACACGUGCGCGGUCGAUGGAAAACAUAAGUCGUAGUGUGGGGGAGUCACCGAGUGUCCCGCGUACUAGGAAGAACAGACCUUACAGUGCAAGGCUCUCGUCAUCGCAAGAUACGUUACCUUUUGGGUGAGGAAAUAUCUUAAUGUUCUUAAACUAAACUAAACUAAACUAAACUGAACGUAUAUGAAAGUCUCUUAGUUGAAGCAAGGAAAGACUUCGAUAAAUUUGUGCUUUUGGACGACAUCAAUGUCUAUAUUUCUCUUUCAACACAGUCUUAAUUAUACAGGGUGUAUAAAAAAAAGGUAAUCGAACUUCAGCGCGCUAUUGUACGUACAUUACUCGGCGUAUGAACAACUUUUUUUCAUAUUCGGAAAGAUCAGGCUUUUAGCUAUUGAAUGACAUGUUUUUCAUGCCAAGUAGAGAAACAAAUAAGCAAGUACGAGUCCGAUAAAAAUUGUUAGUCAGAAUCGCAUAUUUUCACCUCUGUGCCUUAUUAAAGCAGUGUAUAACAAAAGAAAAAGCAAUUAAUCACGAGCUUAGCUAUGAUUUAUUCCUACUUAAUGAUAAUUAUGAAUAUGUGCGUAGUUUAUUGAAGUGAAAUUCAUCAACUUAUAAUUUUCAAUGGUGAAAACUCUCAACGGUGAAAAUAUGCGAUUCUGACUAGCAUUUUGUAUCGGACUCGUAAUUGCUUAUUUUUUAUCCAUUUGGCAUGAAGACCAUAUCAUUCAACAUGCAGCUAAAAGCCUGAUCUUUCCGAAGAUGAAAAAAUCUCCGUCACACGCAGAGUAAUUCAGAUACAAUAGCGCGCUGAAGUUCGAUUACCUUUUUUUAUACACCCUGUACAUUAUGCACAAAUACUUCUUUGUUCCAUGCCGUACUACUUUUUACACGCCAAUUUUUGUUUCUUAACAGGACGACGGAGUCGGUGCGACUACGAGAGCACGCCGUACGGAAGAGUUUAGAAGUACACAAACAGAGAAAUGAUGAAACGUUACAAGUAAGAAAAGCGAAACAAAAACGCGAGAAACAACUUCGCUCGCAAGUCAGUGUUAAAGCGAUGGCAAAUGAUCACUCGUGGCAACUCAAGAAGAGCAGCCAACAGAAACUAAAAAGUUUCAGGUAUAGAAUAAUUAUAUAAAUACUCAAAUAAAUAAUUAUUAUAAAUCUAUGUAUUAUGAUAAAUUUUACAGUAAUUUAAUUAGGAACUGAUUAUUUUACAAACACACACAAAAACAACGGACAGUUUCCAAACCGGUCGCGGCAAAGUAGCGAACGGAUUCGUAAGAACCAUGCGAGGCUACCUCCCAAGAACAAGGACUUAGCCAAAAUUUUAGGUUUCCUCACCUAAAAUGAAAGCAGCAUGGAAACAGGUCGGCAUGAAACUUUAAAGGUUUUCAACAAUAUGUGACUGUAGUGAAAUUGGAAAGGCAAGAUUAUUACAUCGUCUGCUUUUCGCUUUACCUCUAAGUUCACUGACAUAUGCAAACUCAUAAUUUUUUUGCCGUCCUGACAAGACGGCUGGUCGACAAUCAAGUCACACCGGACGCGAUUCGACAACGCGACGCGAUUUUUCCAUUUUCACUAACCGAUAACUUUGAUCCUAGUUUAAAUUUUCCAAGUAUUUAGAAGCGCUAUAACAUUUUGAGUUAUUUGCUCUACAUAUCUUUUAAAAUUUGCUCUCAUUGGGCGGUGUUUUAUUAACUUUCAAAAACUAAAAAAUCGUGUCACGUUGUCGAAUCGCGUCCGGUGUGUCUGGACCUUACCGCGUCCUGAAUUGCGAGGUCUGCUGUAGUUGAUAUUGACUAAAAUUAGUUGCCUAUAGUAUAGACGUGUUUCCAGAAAGUGAUGGAAAAUUGUUUCCUUGACAAAAAUCACACUUUGCAAACAAAACAUGUUUCCGAAUUCGUCACUCGUCAGGAAACAUUCUUUCUUCCUGAGAAGCAAAAUUUGUUUCCGAAAUAAUGACCUUAUAUGUGUUUCCAAGUGUGAGUAAACGCGAAGAAACGAUUUUCAAGUGCAUCCCCCAACAAUUUUGUUUGUUUGCCCAAGGCAUAAUUUCUAGCUAAUGAAAUUUUGAUGACAUUGUCGUUUCAAAUUGAAGUGUUGACGACAUGUCCAACUUCUUUACUGCAGGGAAAGUGAGCGGGGCCGGCAGGAAGAGUACGAACGUGAACUGACCGAAAUGAAACAUCGUGUCGAGCAAAGACCUCUCUUGUUUGAGAGAGAAUCUCAGGAGAACGCCAAAAGGAAGGCAGAGAAAAAAUACACGCAAAUUUUGCGCGAGGCAGGCGUGGACGAGCAUCUCGUGAAUAGACUGGUGACUAAAGAUGGCGAAAUUAUCGAUGCUGACGACAGCGAGGAUAGUGCUGGGGAUCUCGAUGGACACGAGAGAGUAGAUGAUGAUGAUGAUGAUGACUUUGAGUAUCCCUUGAGUGAUCAUGCUGCGCGGUCGGAGUCUGGGUCUCAGCCCAGUGAACAAGGGGAAAUAUCUGAUGAGGACUUUGAGGAUGAUUAAGCAAUUUGAAAUAUUGUAUAUACGUGUGUAACUAUAGUAUUUAAAAUAGAAAUGUUAGGUAGGCAAGCCAAAAUCCACAUAUGUAUAUUUACAAGUUUGACCGAAUCAAAUUAAAAUAAAACUUGCGCAUGCAUUUACGAUUUCGAAACCUUUGAAGAUCUUUGAACUAUUAUGCAAAAAAUUAUCUUGUGUUACCUAUAGAAAAUGUGUGAACCUUUUAAAUGGUCGUUUUCAUAAGGACGUUACAUCGUCACUUUACAUCGUCACGUUACAUGAAUAAACGUUAGUUUUCUUCUAGAAGCUGAACAGCGUGGAACUACAAGAAGUUCUUAACAUAAAGUUUUUAAUUAAAUUCCCUAAAUAAAAAAUGUUCUAAUCAUAGAUAUCUAUGGUUCUAAUACGCUUUUCACAUGCACCUUAAAUUGGUCGCAUUAAUACACUUCAUUGAUAUUAUUUAAAACGUGCAGUAGGACAUUCAUGGAUUUCAAUAUAAUUACGCAAUAAAC